CAACAUGGACCUCACACUUCUCUGCUUGAUCCUACCACUGGUGAUGGUAGCCAGAGGCCAGUAUGGUGACUACCGGUAUCAGUAUCAUGACUAUGGGGAUGAAGGCUGGGUGAAUUUGAACCGACAAGGGUUCAGUUUUCAAUGCCCACACGGGCAGGUAGUGGUGGCCGUGAGAAGCAUCUUCAGUAAAAAAGAAGGCUCCGAUAGGCAGUGGAACUACGCCUGCCUGCCCACCCCCCAGAGUCUUGGAGAGCCGACAGAAUGCUGGUGGGAGGAGAUCAACAGGGCUGGAAUGGAAUGGUAUCAGACAUGCUCCAGCAAUGGCCUUGUAGCUGGGUUCCAGAGCCGCUAUUUCGAAUCAGUCCUAGAUCGGGAAUGGCAGUUUUACUGUUGCCGCUACAGCAAGAGGUGCCCAUACUCGUGUUGGCUGACAACAGAAUACCCAGGCCACUAUGGUGAAGAGAUGGACAUGAUAUCCUACAAUUAUGAAUACUACAUACGGGGUGCGACAACCACUUUCUCAGCAGUGGAAAGGGAUCGUCAGUGGAAGUUCAUAAUGUGUCGGAUGACAGACUAUGACUGUGAAUUUGCAAAUGUUUAGAAUGUCACAUACCAAAGUUGGUGGGAGAGUCAGGAGACUGGGGAGAGGGCUAAAAGGCAUUGUUAUUCAUCAACAGAUCAGCAUGAGCUCCUACUGAAGGACCUGAUCUUCUAUCUUUCCCUCCAUGAGUUAUUGACUGCAGUCCAUUUGACCUUUCUGCCUACUACCAUCAUUCUAAUUAAACCCAUAGGUUUCAUUAAAUCUUCUUUCUCAUUGUUGAUGCUUUGGUUAGAAACCAUCUUAUGUCUGUCAGUGGCUUCUUGUAUUAUGUCAUGUAUGCAUUUCACCUGUUCAAUAUGCUAUAAGAGAAUCUAGUUUUGUGGAAGACAUGUCAUAGAUGUAUCAUUGUCAGCCAGAAAUAAAUAUUAAGAAGUAUAUCAUAAGCUGAAAGUAAGGGCAGAGGGAUCUAGGUGGAAGAAGAUGAAGUGUAUAUCCAAUUGUUGUCUAUUUGAAUCAAACAUUGUUUCCUCACUCUAUCCUAACCAGAAAUUUUUUCUUGCCAUGUAGCACCACAUAAGGGACAUUUGAAUUGUAUGAUAUGGUAGUGAUGGUGGUGGAAAGGAAAUCGAGGGAAGCUCAGAGCUUUGGCAAGAAGGAGAUUUUAAUUGGCUAAAACAAUUUCCUUUCUUUAGGGGAAAGUGAAGAGGGUGGCAUGUGGUAAUGAAAAUGGUGUAUAUUUAUGUUGGAAGGACAAAUGGAAGAGGACAGGAAAAAAAGAUACAGUAAAUCACGAUAAUGUGUAGGGAAGAGAAAUGCUUGACAACAGUGAUCAGUUAGGAAUUCUGGAGUGAUAAGCCAGGUAGUUCUCACUACCACCACUGCUUGAGGUCAUUCCAAUGAGGUUCUGAAUUAGGAAAGUGGAAGGAAAGGUGGAAAUAUUCAACAGGACAUGGAAGGGGACAUAACAAGGAGAGAUUCCUAAGGCAGCUACCCACUAAGGAGAUCCUUGGGAAACUUUUUCCUUGUCUGCAUGUUUGUGUUCCAGGCUGUGGUUGGGAAACACUGGCCUUGGGUACAGGAUCCUCUCCCUAUAGAUGGUAGGUUUCUUUGAUAAAAGAAAGGCAGUAGAUAUGGGAAACAUUCUACACUUCUUCCCUCCUCCACUCCAUGACACCUCCAGUCCCUAUCACUUGGCACAAUGAUAAAGACCAUAAAUAGAAUAAACAAACUAAAUAAAAAUUUUAAAUCCACUAUAUAUAUUUAUAACUAGUCAGCGUCUUUUUUUCUCUUCUUUUCUCAAGCUUUCCAAUUUUAUUUAAAUCAUUCUUUUGUCCAAUUUAAUACUUUCUUUUUAACAUCUUCCCUCCACUUUCUCCAAUGGCCUUUCCUCUUUUUUUUUGCCAGGGAGCCACUGCUCCCCCCACCCCUGUGCUGUUCGUCUCUCUUUGCUGUUCCCAAAGGUUCCAGAAGAAGGAUGGAUGCAAGGCAAAAACCAAAGAAAUCUACCAUCAUCCUGUGUGCCUUCUAUUAAGCCAUUGAGAGAGAGAAGCCUCAGAAAUCCAGUUCACAUGGAGAUUAAUGGUGGGCUUGAUUGAGCUUAUUUUUUUAGUCAGUAAGGAUAUAAGCUCCUUGAGUACAGGAACUUUCAUAUUUGUAUCCCUAUUACAUAAUAAUAAUAGCUAAAUUUUAUAUAGUGCCUAAAGGUUUGCAAAUUGCAUUAUAUGUUUAA